AUGCAACAACAUUCUAAGGACGGUAAUCAAAACGGAGAAUCCGAAAACAAGGAUCACUGGAUAAUCAAAGGAUUUGUGUGGAAUCCCCAAUGUGUGAUUGCAUAA